CAAAUAUUAAAGAAACAUUAAAUAGUUUUCUCUCCAUUGAUAUGUUUCCGUAUAUAGAAGAAAUCUCUUUGACUCGCCGGAAAACAAAACCCCGUUGUUCUCCGUCUAUCUCUCCCUCUCUCUCUCUGCACAUUUCUUCUACCUUUCUUUGAGAUUUGAGAAAACAGAGGAAGAAGAUGAAACUCGACGAAGAAUUCUUACACGACAGAGACCAUUCGUUUCUGACAGAUGACGAGGAAAAUCAAGCAGCACUUGCUUGUUCCGACGAUGAACACGACGGAGACGACGACGGUCGGAGAGGCGGAGAAAAUUCAGAUUCCUCCUCUCCGUUAUCACGAGACCGUUCUGAUAACAAUCUCUCGGAUGUCUCAAACCCUCCAUGGCCACAAAGCUAUCGACAAUCAAUGGAUUUGUUGACCGGAAUGACUCCACCUUCGGUGAGUUUCAUGCCUCAAAGCAGUUCCCGGAGAUUAGCCUCUUCCUUCCAGAAGAAGCAACAAUCUUCGUUUUGCGAUUCGUUGUCUUCUUCCUCAAGCAAACCCCUUCUCUCUCAACCAGUUCCUGACAAAGAAGAAACGAUUUUACCCGUCAACCCUCAAUCUCAGCUCAAGCUCUCCGUCACCGAUCUUCCAUUACCGGAACCUAACCUCUGCUCCUUCUCUCAAUCUGUUCUCAAUGGAACCAAUGUACUGUGUGGAUUAGGGUUAAUAACAAUGCCUUACGCUAUUAAAGAAAGUGGAUGGCUUGGUCUGCCCAUACUCUUGUUCUUCGGAGUCAUAACUUGCUACACAGGUGUUCUCAUGAAAAGAUGUCUAGAAAGUUCCCCUGGUAUUCAAACUUACCCCGAUAUCGGUCAAGCCGCCUUUGGAAUCACCGGUCGCUUCAUCAUCUCUAUUCUUCUAUACGUGGAGUUGUACGCAGCUUGUGUGGAAUACAUAAUCAUGAUGAGCGAUAACUUAUCAGGGCUAUUCCCAAACGUUUCAUUGAGCAUUGCUUCAGGGAUAUCUUUAGAUUCUCCUCAGAUCUUUGCAAUCUUAACCACUCUUCUUGUUCUUCCAACUGUCUGGCUUAAAGAUCUUAGCUUGCUUUCUUACCUUUCAGUUGGAGGAGUCUUGGCGUCAAUCUUACUCGGUAUCUGCCUCUUCUGGGUCGGUGCAGUCGAUGGAAUAGGGUUUCAUGCAACAGGACGAGUUUUCGAUUUAAGUAACUUACCUGUCACUAUAGGGAUUUUUGGAUUUGGUUACUCGGGUCAUUCGGUUUUUCCCAAUAUCUAUUCUUCAAUGAAAGAUCCUUCAAGGUUUCCUCUUGUCUUAGUUAUCUGCUUUAGUUUCUGCACGGUCUUGUACAUAGCUGUUGCGGUCUGCGGCUACACCAUGUUUGGCGAAGCAGUGGAAUCACAGUUCACAUUGAACAUGCCUAAGCACUUCUUUCCAUCUAAAGUCGCGGUCUGGACAGCGGUCAUUACACCGAUGACCAAAUACGCUUUAACAAUCACCCCAAUAGUUAUGAGUCUCGAAGAACUCAUUCCAACAGCUAAGAUGAGAUCACGUGGUGUAUCGAUAUUAUUUAGAACAAUGCUAGUUACCUCUACUUUGGUGGUUGCUCUUUCAGUUCCUUUCUUCGCGAUCGUGGCAGCACUAAUCGGAUCGUUCCUUGCAAUGCUUGUGGCUCUUAUCUUCCCAUGUCUAUGUUAUCUCAGUAUCCUCAAGGGUAAAUUAAGCAACACACAAAUUGGAUUAUGCAUAUUCAUUAUAGUCUUCGGGGUGGUUAGUGGUUGUUGUGGUACUUACUCGGCUAUCUCAAGAUUAGCCAACCAAAUGACAGAUUAACUGAAAUUUUCGACGGCGAUUUAAAAUUAGGUGUGUUGUGUUCUAAUGUUUAUUAUAUUAUCUAGUUUUUAUUCAGUUUUGGUUCAGAUUUCUUUUAAUUGUUUUAGGAAACAAGCAGAGAUAAAACCACAUAUACUUCAUUUCAGUUUUAACAAAAUGUAUCUUUCAUACCCUAUGUAUUAUGGUUUGUAUUUAACAAAAACUUAAGAUUUAUUGUAUUUUAGUUUAUAUUUAUCUUGCAUAAAAAUUGUACUCACUUGCAAUCGUUUGUUAUCUG